AUGGCCUUGCGCCACCACGGCUCGAUGCAUGCGAAAGCACACUUCCGCGUUCAAGAGUCUGACCAAAUUGUAUUUGCAAUCCGACGACGGUUGUCAGACGCUGCCACCGGCUGCGAUGCGCUGAUUGAAGCCAUCCAUGCCCAGUAG